AUGGUCAACGUAUCAGCCGUUCGCGAGAGUCUCGCUCAAGUCGCCCAAUCGACGCGAGUGGCUAUGCGCUUUCUGAACACCGGACGAGACUUGCCUGACUCUUCAUUGAGGGCGUUAUCCUUGCUUACGGACAUACUCGAUCUUCUUUAUCGCAUCAAGGAUGAAAUAACCUGGGCAGAGGAAAAAUGGUUCGUUGCUGUGGGCCGUCUCAGGGCGCUCGCCGAGUUACUCGGGUGGUUUGGAAUGAGCAUGCGGUCCGUUGAGCUCUAUUUCCAACCAGGGGGAGAACGAACUUUAUUAGACAAGACGAUUCGGAAAGACCUGAAAGUACACCGGGAUGUUGAAACUGCAAAUGUCAAGAUCGAUUUGCAGUUCGAAGAGGAUGCGUUAAGCCUGACGAGCCGACUAUCUUCGGAACACUUCAUAACACUCGCCGAUCUAUGUAACAAGCGACAACAAGGUAGCUGCUCAUGGAUAUUUUCGAAUUCGAACUUCAAACUAUGGCUGUUGGGUAGUUCCAGGACACUAUAUUGCAUGGGUCCCCCUGGUGCCGGCAAAACUUUCUUAUCCUCGGUAAUUAUCGACUAUCUUCAAAAAACUUUCACAUCGCCGGAUGUGGCCACCGUAUUUGUAUUCUGUCAGGAAGAAACCGGAAAGGAACAGACCUCUAUCGACAUUCUGAAGAACAUACUUGCACAGCUUGUAUACCGCAAGCGAAGUUUGUCUGACGCAACCUCCUCUCUCUACUACUCGGAGUCCUUGAAAGAAGGGACUGCAUCCCCAAAGGCAUAUCAAAAUGCAAUUCGCGCCGAGGUCAACAGAUUCUCAAAAGUUCUCUUCGUUAUUGAUGGUCUUGACAUGUUUUCCGACAAAGAGCGAAUCUUAGGUCGAUUACAGAAGCUACCUCAACAGGCCCAGCUCCUUGUCACCUUGCGGGACAUGAUCGGUAUCAAACCAGCCGAGAACACCGGAUAUGUGAGCGUUCUAGCGCCACCUGAAGAUAUCGGUCUUUACACGUUAGCCCGCACGCGACGCGACAGCGGUUUCCGAAAACUCAUUGGAACAAAAGAUCCAGAUCUGAAACUGGAAGACGAAAUCAUUCACGCUAUAGUCGGCAGCUCUCAUGGAAUUUUCCUUCUUGCCAAGCUUCAUCUUGACUUGUUGUCGCAAUACAGGGACCGCGGCCUUCUCGAGAGAGCUCUGGCUCACUUACCAAUGAACUUAGGUGAGGCUUACGGGGAGGCAAUGAAGCAAGUCGUGAGACAGACCCCCGCUGCCAUCCGUUAUGUGUACUGGGCACUUUAUGCAUUUAGACCUCUGUCUGUCAUGGAGCUUCGAAGUGCCGUAAAUGACGGCGAUACCAUGGAAACUUCAGGCUCAAUAAGCUUUGAACAUGCACUUCACACGAAGACCGCCGGGCUCCUAACAGUGGAUGCUGUUUCAGGCACAGUGCGAUUUGUUCACAGAACUGCGAAGGAGUACCUUGAAGGGUCAGCCUCCAGAGUCUUCUUCCCUACAGCCCAGAAAGAGAUGGCGGAGGUCUGCUUAACAGUAAUCAGCUGCGAUGAUGUGAUAGAUGAGUGCUACAGAGAUGAAAUCAACACAUCACGCGGCUCAAAGAAGGGCUUCCUGGACUAUGCUGCAGCCUACUGGGGAUAUCACUCCCGGCAAGUUGAUGAUGGUGAGGUCACAAUACAAGUCUUGAUCAAGACAUUCCUCAACAAACUACUUUGGAGACGGCCUCCGCUCAACUACGGCGCUGAGAAGGCUAUGGGGAUACCCACCGAAAUGGGGAUCGGAAAAUACCCAACCGACUGGAGUGGGCUUCACCUCCUAGCCUUCUUUGGUAUUCCCGGGAAAUCGCAGCGUCUUCUAGAACAAGGAGCAAACAUCAACGCUCAAGACAACUCUUUGGGACUCAGUCCUCUACACUGUGCAUCUUUCCAAGGCAAUGACGAGAUGGUCGCAUUUUUGCUUGAUAACGGUGCCAAAGAGAAUGCAAUAUCUUUCACUGGCAAGACAGCUUUACAUCUCGCGUCACAGAAGGGUUACCGAAAAUGCAUGAAACUGUUGUUCGCUCAUCGCGCCAACUCCAAAAUUCCGGAUCAAGAUGGCGCUUCCUGUCUUCACGCGGCUGUGGGCACGGCAACUGAUGAAGCUACGAUUCCAUUACUUGUGAAACACAAGGUAGACUUGAAUUUUCAGAACCCGAAGACUGGAAACACGGCACUUCAUCUUGCUGUGGAAUGGAAGCGACCCCGAAUUAUUCUGUUUCUUCUUGAGAAAGGCGCCAGUAUUGAUGUCGGCAACAACGAAGGGCUGACUCCUCUUCAGCUGGCUGCGAAUAGCGACAACUGUGAAGCAAUUUCUUUACUUCUGCAACGGUGUGCCCAUGUUGAAGCCCGCUCCCCUGUUGGUUCUACGGCUCUGCAAUACGCUGCCUGGAAAGGUCACUGGACUGCCUUUGAUUUGCUUCUUAUAGGUGGCGCCGAUAUCAAUGUCUGGAACAAGCAAGGAGAAACGUUACUCCACGAGCAAGCUAGAUAUUCAAAAAGUAUCUCAAUCGCUUCGAAGUUAUUGAACCAAGGAGCAAACCUAGAGGCCCGAACAUCUCAGGGAUACACACCUCUCCAAUGCGCCGCGAUGGGGUCAAACAAGACCAUGUUCAACUUCCUUCUUGAGAAGGGUGCCAAGCUCGAUGUGGAAACUGCAAAGGGCGAAAAUCUUCUCCACCUUACACCACCAGCGAAUCAGGAUUGCCUUGAUAUUCUGAACAUAGCGCUGAAGGAGGGUAUCAGUGUAGCAGCCACAUCUAGCCAAGGCUGGACGCCUCUGCAUCAGACUGCUUAUACGGGUACUGGAGCCCCUGAUCUCUCCUCUGACCGAAGUGCCGAGUAUAUCCGCCUUCUUAUCAAUCACGGUGCCUCGGUAAAUGACUGCUCAGCUUCCAACUCAGGGGAGACCCCUCUCCAUCUUGCAGCAAUGGCACCUCUUCCACGUCCAUCCUUGAUAGAGCUCUUUAUUGAGCUGGGGGCUAACAUAAAUGCCAUCACCAAUGACGGCAAGACUGCUCUUCAUCUUGCAGCAGAACGGGGGCGUGAACCAAUAUUUCGCACGUUGCUAGACGCUGGGGCUGACCUUUCUGUCAAAAUACCAACCAAUACCACCAUUUCGGCUAUGGAAACGAAAGAGACCCCGGUGACUGCUCUGCAGCUGGCUCAGAAAAAUCCCUUUGGUUCACUCUGGUUUGAUGAUGAAGGCCAGUUGCGCCCUAAGUCUCAGCGGACUGGCAGAGAAAGUGCAGUGACUGUGUUCGAAGACAUGGGGUCUGAUGUUUCUGAAUCGGAUGCUGGUGAGUCGGCGACACUGGUGGGAAGUGAGAGCCAGUUCAAUGGGAGGCAAUUUGGCGAGAAACAUUAUGUAGCGGCAUGA